AAGUCGUGGCCGCCUGGAACGAACAGUGCGUGGUUCGACGCAGCUGUUUGGUUCUUGAUCCCGACUCUGAGUUUUGGGGCUUUCUGCGGUGACGUUGAGUUUGGACGCGGUGAGCUGUUGACGGUUGUGAGCGAAGUCUGCGUAUUGAGCUGAAGCCUUAAGGGAGCUGGGAAAGGGGCUGGCCUGGCUGUGCGCUGUGGUUGAUGUUCAGCUGGGUAUGAAAUUGGAACUCGAGUGCGCUGCAGAUGUUAUCUUUGGAUUUCAGUUUCUUCCUCGCUGACUGUAACUAUGAAAAUCUCUCUGCUUUUCCUGUGUGUUUACUGAAUGACAUGAGUCAGUUAAAUAUUAAAGCAGUGAGUUCAGCCUCCACCCUGGGAUGGACCCCGACAAGGAAAUGCCAAACAACUUGUAGUAGAAAACCGCGCGUUUCCUGAUGGACUGCCGGGCGGCGAUUCCCCUUCAGCCCCGAGUCGGGCUGCCGGGGCGAGGACGCGGCGCUGCCUGCGCCCGUCAGACGCGCAGCACGAAAAGCCUCAGUGUAAAUACUCCCGGGAUGCAGGGAGCGAGGGCAGUUUUCUUCCAAGACGCAAAUGGACCAUUUUCCUCUAAAAAACAAACAACAUUUUGGCUGAACAAAUGGAACUGAGCUUUUUAUUAAAAGCAUAUACCUCCCCUUGUCUGCUUCAGUAAGGGGCUUUGAAACUUGAAAGAACUCCUUUGCUUGCAAAAUAGCUGACUUAAGUCAUUCCAAUAGCAUUUAUCAUCUUACUUUUUGCUCCUUGGUAUUGGAGAGCUUGGAGCUUUCUUUUUUCUUUUCUUUUUUUUUCUUUUUUUGAAGGAAAGUAUUAAGAAAAGUGGUUCAAACCCUGCAUGCUUUUUGCCCAGAUGGAGAGCUAGGCUGAGCCUCUCAAGCUCAUGCUAAAGUUGAUGGAAAGAUUCCCGUUUAUCUUGGUGGGAACUGCCCUGCCCGCAAGCUCGAGCCGAUUCCUGCUCGGACGCACAGGAAGGCUGGAGAGUCGGUUAUCAAAAGCAGCUUUAAUAAACUGGCAAGCGAGAAAAUGAUUCAGGGACUUUUAAAGGGCCUUAGGAACAUCUUCUCGCAGCGCGGGCUCGAAGGCGGUUUGGGCCGUGGCGGGGCGCGCUGCCGUUUCCGUAACGCGAGGGCUGGCUGCCGAAGGCGGCGCGCGGGGUCGAGACGCCAGCAAAGCGCCGUCCCCCCUCCGAGGUGUUCGCCACGAAAGGAGCCUUUCUGACAGAGGAAGCUUUCGGUUGUGCAAGUCUUGCUUAAUUUUCAGGCCGCGAAAGAGCGCUGAUCCUUAGCCAAAAGAAGUGUUUUCGGGGGCUUCAACGAUCGCGUUCUCACUCUGGAUUUUUUUUCCCCCUCCUUCUGUAGUCUGGCCAAGCAUCCAGCUAGGAACAAGCCCUGAUUUCCUCUAGCUAUUUUAGUUUGACUCAGGCUUCGCCGAGCCUGAUGAAAGCGCAGUUCCGUGGGAACGUUUGACUCCUGUUGUGCAGCGGUGGCGAAACGAAAAGCGCUUCCUGAGAUGAGAUGGCCAAGGUUUGUUUGUGUGCAUCUACCGCCAGGAGACGGAGAUUGAGCGUUUCCCCCCGCACGCGCCCCCGUCUCUCCUGGAUUAAACAAACCUAAUUCUUUCAAUAUUUCUUCUUGGGUCUCCGUGCUGCCAGCGCCGGUCCCCAAGGCGGAGGCCCAGAGCUGCCAUGACGACAGGCGACUGCUGCCACCUCCCUGGCUCCUUGUGCGACUGCCCGGGAAGCGCCGCCCUGUCCAAGUCGGUGGAGGACUCCGACAUCGGGCGCCCGCAGUACGUCACUCAGGUCACCGCGAAGGACGGCCGGCUCCUCUCGACGGUGAUCAAGGCGCUGGGUGCGCAGAGUGAUGGUCCCAUCUGUCGAAUCUGUCAUGAAGGUGGAAAUGGGGAGGGACUGCUUUCCCCGUGUGACUGCACAGGAACACUGGGCACCGUGCACAAGAGCUGCCUGGAAAAAUGGUUAUCCUCCUCCAACACAAGUUACUGUGAGCUCUGCCACACAGAAUUUGUUGUAGAGAGAAGACCAAGGCCUUUGACGGAGUGGCUGAAGGAUCCUGGUCCCCGCAAUGAGAAGAGGACCCUGUUCUGCGACAUGGUGUGUUUCCUGUUCAUCACUCCCCUGGCAGCGAUCUCAGGCUGGCUGUGUCUUCGGGGAGCCCAAGAUCAUUUGCAGUUCAACAGCCGACUGGAGGCCAUUGGACUCAUAGCACUAACUAUAGCACUUUUUACAAUCUACGUCCUUUGGACACUGGUUUCGUUCCGCUACCACUGCCAGCUGUACUCGGAGUGGCGAAGGACCAACCAGAAAGUCCGCUUGAUGAUCCCGGCCUCGCGGAGCCCUCGCCCCGUGCCCCACUCCCUGCUCUCAGCCAAGCUCAUGAAGAAGUCUGCGGAUGAAACCACCGUCUGAGCCAUCCCUCGGCCGCUGCCUGCCGUGCCACGAGGCCGCGUCUACGGCCGGAGCAGGGGCAGCCCUUCGGCGCUGCCAGCAGCAAAGAGGCUCAGGUCUCCACGUGUGUGCUGGCAACGCGAUAGCUGCGGAGGCACUAGGAAGCAGUCAUCCCGCCCAAAGGGACUUUGCAGUUAGCACGUACUUUAUGCUACGGCAAACAGACAGAUGAUAAAAGUCUGUUGCGUGAAACGGCCCAAAAGAGCCAGAUGGCGAAUGUGCCUGUCUGCAGGGACGCUUUCCUAUAACUAAAUACCGUAGGUGAAAAAUCUCUCCCUCUAUAUAUGUAUAUCUAUAUAUAAUAUUAUUUUUUAAUGGCCAUGCAUAUUGUGUUUCGGUCCUUUGGUGUUGAUGUUCUAAGCUUCAGUAUAGAAGCUGGCAGCCUGAUCUCAUUCAGAGGUUAAAUCUAUGCCUUUUCACCAAGUGAGCAUUUAAAGAACACUUUUCUUUGACCGUUCUUGGAAGUCCCCUCCUCCUUUGCACUGAAUGGGUUUUGAUAAUAUUGCAGCAGCCUUUCCCGUUGCUCUCUGGUCUUUUUUGUGGUGUUUCUGUCCUUUCUAGGAAGUUGUGUGUUUUUAAUAAUUAUUAUAAUCCCAGAAGGAGUAAAAUGACAUAAUACUGAAUGGAGCCAUUUUGUAUUGUAAAAUAUGGUAAUUUUGAGAAUUUCAAAAGAGAAAAUCUUUUACUGUGCAGAUGUGAUCUCACAAAACACUUUCUUCCCAGAUCCCCAGGACGUGGAUGCGCUCAGCUCUUGUGUGAACAUCCUCCUAGCAAAGGCAGGGGGAGGAUCUGUGGGUAGGAAGCGAUGGCUUGUACUAGCUAAGCUCGCCAUUGCCCUUCGCUGUUAAAACGCUAGGAAAGGACCUUUUCUGACCCCAAGAGGUGAGAGUUGGAGUCUCUGUUUGCUGAUGUCCUUUCACUAUCUUGAGGCUGGACCUCUCGUUACUCAAUUAACGCAUACCUUACCAGGGCAGGCCGGACGCAGCAGUCGCUCGGCAGGACGCAGGCAGCCUCGGCUGCCUCUCUGCGUUUUACUUGCACAUUCCUUGGCAAAAGCUAGAGGAGCUGCUGUGGUUUAGUUCAUCGCUGAAACCGCUGCCUGCCUGUUAGCUGUGUCCACUAGCGAAAUGCCCCAAGUUCACUAGUUGCUGGAGGAGAACAGGCUCUGGGUCCCUUCUCCUGCAGGACCAGCGCUCCUCUUCUUCCUCCGUCCAUCUGCAUCCACCUAGCUGAGAAACCCCUCCGUCUUGGAGGGGCCGAUCUGCCAAAGGACUUCAGCACCUAACGUAGAGUCUGUCCCUCUUCCUGACUUUGUCUCUUGUCCCUGCCUCUCCACCACUUCCCCGCCGUGCCAGAUGCUGCCCGUGUUUGGUGCCGUGCUCUCCAGAGCCUUGCUGGCAGAGUGGGCUGUAAGGAUGCCCGCACUGGCGCUGUCCCGCUGAGCGCUCCGGAGUUACGUGCUGCUGCUCGACGCAAGCCUCGGCUCGGACUCCCGCACCGGUGAGGGUGGUGGCAGGGAGAAGGUAGACUCCAGCGCUGCACCUGUCCUUGUGGUGGGUGAUGGCUGUGCCCCAUGGUCCUCCGCUCCCCCUUGCUGAACGCAGGCGGAUCAGUCUGGUGGCUUGUUAGACUGAGGCCUGUAGUUUCUUGAAUUCAGAGCUCCACGUGCCAUUCCUGCUCCUCUCUAGCUGCAAAGCUGCAUGCUUUUCCUUAGAUGAUCUCUAUUCCUUUUUCCUUUUCCCCUACCUGACCCUACACGGGAAGCCCCUGGUGGGCAUGAACAGCAGUGGCCAGUGGCCUGUCUCCCCAGCAGGACUGCUCCAGCCCCAGGGCCUGCGCCCACUUUCCUCCUCUAUCUCCUGUCCCAGGCUUAUUUGCGUGACUCAGUGGUAUCCCAGCACGUUUUGCAGCAAGCUGUCGGCCCGGCCUUGGGCUUGCAAACGCUGGUGCAGUUUGCUCUCUGCUCUGAGCAGAAGGGUCAGAUCACGUGUUUGAUCCCAGGAACAAACGUUUUCUGCCACAGCUGCUCCCCUCUCUCUGCCAGGCCCCUAGGAAGGUCUGGUGUCUUCCCUUUCACCACUUACCUGAGGGCACCUUCCUUUCUUUCCUUUCCUCCUUUUUCUCCGUAAUUUGGGAUGACUUGGCCCCCGUUGCUCCUGGAGGCUUACAGUAGGGAGAGGCCUCUUCAGUCCAGCUACAAUCGUGGUCGCUGCACAGCAGUAACGUCCUACCGGCACGCGUUUCAAAUCAGCUUUUGCGGAGUGGCUAUUCCUGCUCCUAGCAGCUUCAGCGUGCUGCUCCCCAGUCCGCAAAGGUUUGCGCGUGUGCUGGGGCCGUGCAGCAGGCCCCUCUGCCCGCCAGCUGGGCCGCUGCAGGGGCUCAGCCCUGCUUCCCAGCACUGCAGCUCCUGCACGGGCGCUGCCUCCCUCCCCAAGCCCCUUCCGCUGGCAGUGAGCGCUGCGUUGCCGCUCUGUGGCUGGUGCUUGGUCCGCCCCCGAUUCAGCCCUUCCCCAUCAGCACUCGUGACACCAGGAUAUUUCCACUGCAACAGAACUGUUGGGGUCUUGUUCAACCUUCCCAGCCCUGGCUGCCUCCUAGGAGCUUGGUCUUCUGACGCAUCUAGUUCUGGCAGGUAUCUGAGGAUGUUCAUUCCCACGCUGCGUUCCCGUAGUAAAGAGUUAAUGGAGCCAAUGUUUCAAUGGUGAAACCUGGUGUCGAUCCAAAUAUGCAACUGCGAAAGCCGGAAGUCCCUGGCUGGGGCAGACAGGGCCUGGCCUUGUGCUGCUGCAGGGCUGUGGCUUCACUCUCUGCUUCAUAGUCUCUGUCACAGCUGCCAAUAAUUGGAGUUGUUGCAUGUGCCCCUGCAACAGCUGAUAAUGACUCUUUGAGCAUUCUCCUUCCCAGAGGAGAUGCUCAGCUCUGGUGGAUGUCUCUAACCUGCCACCUUCCAGUGUCAUGAGAAAACGGGCCGUGCAAUUAUGUAAAUAAAAGCGAGACAAGC